UUAUAUCCAAUCCAGUCCCUGACCGCUAUUGCGUGCGCUUCGAUCCGGUUCGGUCGGUGUGGUUUAGUGGUUCACGGCGGUUUGGUGUUCGUGUGGGAUACCGCUCGAUAAUCGGGUUUGAUCGUUUUGACUAUAGCGUAGUGGCGUAGUGUUGGUACAUCACUGUCACAUCCCUAUCUUCUGUUUUUGAUCGUGGACGCCUCUGUAUGAGGUUGAGCGCAGCAUGGGGAAAAGACGGCCGUAUAAGCAGUACCUGUGGGACCCUUCUUCCGAAGUGCCGACCCGCACGAAGCAUCGACUUCGAAAAGAAGCAGAAAAAAGAAAACGGGAAGCGCUUGUGCUCACAUCCAGUGACAGCGAACUCUCCGACUCGGAGCUGAGUCCUGGCAUUCCACAAGUGGACAGUCCCGGGAGCGCAUCGAUGACCGUUCUGGACGAAGAAAAUGCAAGUGUAGCCUCAACGUCUGGUCAAAGAAGCGUAGCAAAUGAACGUUUCACGGAAGAUCCGGUGUCGGAGUCGCCCUCGUCCGAAGGCGAAGACGACCCCCCGAGUUCAGAAGAGGCAGGGGCCAAAAGGGAAACGGAUGAACCACUGUAUCAAGGGGCCAAGCUGACGAGAGCGGAAAGCCUGAUAAUGGUGAUGAGCCACAGCCUGCGGUACGACUCUUCGAAGGAAUCAACCGAGAGCCUUCUGAAGCUUGUGGACUCCCAUCUUCCGGAGGGAACAGUUUUUCCCAGGUCGAAGUUUUUAUUUUUUAAGCAUUUUGCUGGGGACGAAGCCAGUAAGGUAAUGUAUUUAUACUGCCCCCAAUGCGUAUGUAAUCUGGGGAAAGUGACUGCAUCUCUCUUAGAAGUAUCCUGCUCGGUCUGUAGUACUGUUUAUAGAGCAGAUGAUCUUGUGUCGAAGGGUGCUUAUUUUGUUUUUUUGGACCUUAAGUCCCAGGUUCGGGACAUUUUGUUGAGUGGGAGCCUGAGCACUCCAGGAACGUUGGAGUAUGAUGUGCAGGACAUCACACAAAGCUCUGCCUACCACAGCCUUCCGCUGAAAGAGGGGGAUCUCAGCGUAACGUGGAAUACCGAUGGUGUUCCGCUUUUCGAGUCUUCGAAUUACAGCAUUUGGCCUUUGCUUCUGCAAGUGAAUGAGCUGCCAUUUCACGAACGCGUGCAGAACCUGCUGCUAGCAGGUUUGUGGUUUGGCCCUAAAAAGCCAGACAUGAACUGUUUUUUGGAGCCAUUUGUGGAGGUUAUGAAUGAACUGUCUUCUGUGGGUGUUCCUUGGACUGAUGCUUCUGGCACACAAAAAGUAUCUAGAGUGUUUCCAGGGCCAUGUACAGUAGAUACUGUUGCACGCUGUAUGCUCAUGAAUAUGACUCAGUUUAAUGGGGCUUUUGGGUGCGGCUGGUGUGAGGCCGAAGGAGAGGUCGUGGAGAAAGGUCGAGGCCAUGUAAGAGUGUACCCUGCGGUCGUUGGCACAACACGGUCUCAUGAGUCGUUUCUCCAUCAUUCUGAGAAGGCGGAGAAGCAAGGUGCACCAAGCCAUGGUGUUAAGGGUGCAAGCAUUCUUUUCGGAUUGGCAUUUUUCAACUUUGCCUCAGGUUUCGUUGUUGAUUACAUGCACGCUGUGUGCUCCGGGUUCGUGAGAUCCACGGCUUUUAUGUGGUUCAAAGGUCGGAGUGGGCAGCACUACCACCUGGGUAGUUUCAUGUCUGAAAUAGACAUGAAACUAAAAGCGCUGCAGCCAAUCUGGGAGAUCUCCCGACUUCCCAGAUCUCUGAAGGACAUGAAGUUCUGGAAGUCGUCGGAAUGGCGCAGCUGGAUGCUUUUUUAUUCUCCUGUGGUCCUGAAGGGGUUCCUCCCGAAAAAGUACUUCGACAACUGGCUGAAGUUUGUGCGUAUCAUGCACUUCUUGUUGAGUCGCUCAGUUCCACUUGACAGCCUUCCACAGGUGAAAAGAGCAAUGGCCGCAUUCCUCAAAGAGUUCGAGGAACUCUAUGGCCAAGUCAACAUGACUUACAACACGCACUUACUCCUCCACUUGAUAGAUAGUGUGAGACUGUGGGGACCCCUCUGGGGGUACUCCGCAUAUCCCUUUGAGUCAAUGAAUGGGAAACUUGUACGACUUGUAAAUGGGACAAGAUAUGUUCAAUGUCAGAUUAUUGAUAAGUUUUCAAUAAUCCGAAGUCUUCCGAAACUGUGGGCAGUCGCCUCCAACCGCAGUGCUGAUGACCAGAUCGCGGUACUGCUCAGGUCACUGAUGAAAGGCUACAACUUGAGGAAGCAUGUGGUAAAGAAUGGUGCCGUAAUCUUCCAAGGAAAGGGUCAACCCGAAGGAGACAAAGUCCUUUUCAAGAAGGUUAGAAUUGGUGCCUUCACGUACUGUGUCAAAGCACUGGACAAGUCCCGUAGGAAGAAUUCCUACGUGUUUGUAGGGGGCAUAUUCGGGCAGCUAGUUGCCAUUGUUGCUUGGUGCAAGCGGGGGCACACGUCAUGUAGCUGUGUCAAAAAUGUGACCCUGCGUUUAGAACAACUGAAAGUAAAGGACUUUGUUCUCAGCUCUUUUGGAGCUCUUUCUCUAGUACAGUUUGUUGAAGUACAACACACUAAUGCAAUAAUCGAAAAGGACGCUGCAUCUGUUCAGAAGUGCAUAGUUCUUUGCAAUUCUUCUCGCACCUGUCUAUGCGUUGUGAAUGAUACCUAUGUGCUUGAGUCUGUCUGAAAGCUUGCAGUGAGGAAGGAGCAUAAAAACAAAAGCCUCGAGGUGCACCUAAGUACUUCUUAUGAGUUGUGAAUGCGAAAGCACGUAUGCCGCUCUUCGUUCCCUUCUUUGGUCUCCGGCGUACAGCGCGCUGACCUUGGGCGUGGAGCGGUGGAGCCGCUGCCUCGCGGACAUAAGAUUUAAUGAAGCCGUUUUCGCGCUUCAAACUGAAGACGUCGGCUCUUUCCAUGAGGCAGUUAAUGCUUUUGCAUUAAAACUUCCCUUUUAGUGCUCCUUCCUUAAGGUGUGAUCUCAUUGCCGAUGCACCUGUCCUGUUCUUAAAGGGAUACUACAACGAAAUUUCGGCGCUCAUUUUUUGGUCUAUAUGUGCUCAAAGGAGCAGCAUCACA